AUGUCUGACGCAAAUGGCCCCAACAAUACUGCCGAUGGAAGUUCUAACAUUAGGGAAUCUGAAAAUAAAGGCAAAACCAAUGGCGGGAAAGCCUCUUUGAAUAACGGCAAACGGAAGUUCAAGAGCAAUAGGAAUAAUGGGGGUCAAAACCGGGGACGUUCCCAGUCAUCACGGAGUAACCAGGAUCAUUAUAAUGAUUACGAAGAUGAUCUUAUACACAAUGAAAUUAUAAAAGGAGGAUUGGGUUGGGGUAAUGGUGGCCACAGAGGAAAAGGAGUUUCCAUCAAUCAUUUGCUAGACUUUUCACUUCCUGAAAGGCAACAACAAUGGAAUGGCGGUCAGCGAAGGGUUCCAAAGAAAAAGAAUCGGUUUGAACCGGUAGGAUUACAUUUAAAUCCUGAACAGUUCAUUAAUGUGAAUUAUCGUUUCAUCGUUGACCAUCGAGGAAGCUAUGAGAGCCAGAAAUUGGAUCCAAAUAUUCCGAUUGAGAAACAUAAUAUUUUGAGGGUUAUCACUAGAAAUGUCAAUGCAUGUCCUAUAUGUCUCGAAACAGAAGACUCGGUGGCAAUCAGAAUGGUCAGCUGUGGUCAUUGUUUUUGUUAUACCUGUUUAUUAACUUACUUGGAUCAGGAAGACGAUAAGAAGAACAAGAAAGAAACACAAAAUCCACACAGUAAGAAAAUGUUGAAAAGUUGCCCAUUGUGUGCUGUGAAAAUUGAGCCUAGUGAGACUUUGCCUGUUCUAUACGACCGUAACUCAAUUGAGAUAGAUCAAUUUGAAACCCCAAAAGUUCAUGAGGAUGCAAUUUUGAGACUUAUGGUCAAGCCUCAUGAUAGUAUGGUAGCGUUACCUGCAUCUAUAAAUCCGGACUUCAAGAAAGUGAGUGAUAUUCCCUGGUGUUGUGCUAAAGAUGAUCAAAAGAACCUCGAUAGUAAUAUGUAUCCGUACGCAAGAAUCAUGAAGGGAAAUUUGGACUUUAUUAUUAAUGAAUAUCAAAAGGAAAUUGAAAUGAUUACUGAACAAUUUUUGAAUGACCAGGUUAUGUUCGAAUCGAACAAUGACAAAUAUGUCAAGCAGGCAAUUGAGAACAUUCAAAGGGAAAUCAAAAAUAUUAAGAGCUCAUUUGGUGAAACUGAGGAUUAUGUAUCAUUUAGCCUGCAAAAUAUUAUGGACCGGAUGAAUGAUUUAAGCAUUAAUGAAAACAAAGCAAUAAAAUAUGAUAUUGGAAAUGCAUAUUUUUACUAUCAAACAAGUUUCAACUCUCCAACCAAAUAUCUUUUGUCGACUUUAGAUGUUAAAGUUCUUAGAGCUGUGUUUGCCGAUUACUCCAAUUUCCCAUCAACCCUUGUGUUACCAGUAGAAAAUAUUGUCCAUGGAGAGAUUCUUACGGAACACAAUGUGGGGAAAUACAAAUAUAUUUCCCAUUUACCAUUUGGUACAGAAUUGGCAUUUUUGGAAAUUAAUUGGCUACUAGGAAACAAGGAUGAUAAGAGUUUCAAGUUACCAAGUAAUAUUUACAGUAAUUUCAAAAGAGAGAUCCUUAACAGAUCUAGGUCUAAUAAGAAGCGAUCGCAGAUCGAAGAGCAUAACCGGAAAGUUGCAGAGAGAAACUUGGAGAUAAAAACCAGAGAGUUUUAUGAACGAGAGAACGAGGCGUUUUUCCACCCUAGGGGUCAGUAUGAAUUGAACAAUUAUUAUGAUUCACCUAACAGUGAACAUCGUGGUUUAGAAAACUACAUUUCAACUGAUGACUUCACCCCAUUGUCUAAUGGUGAGGAACAUUCAAUUGAUCAGACAAAGCCGGAUGAGAACCCUACAGAAUACACAACUACAGUAUGGGGGACAAAAAUCAAGAAGAGUGUCGCCGAAGAAAAUGAUGAUGAUGAGUAUGACGAAACAGGAAUUAGAACCGAUGAUAUUCUUAAGAAGAUUGAAGAGCAGAAAGCCAAUUCGGAUAAAGGACCAGGUAAGAAGAAAGGGAAGAAGAAGAAGUUGGUUUUGCUUACAGGCAGCUCCAGAGGAUCAUCUUGA